ACCACGAUACCGCAUCCCACAGCACGCCGACGCGUCCAGACCAGAUCGACAAGAAGACACGUCCCGAUCGCCCUCGGGCCCCUGCUGCCGGUGGCCAUACGCGCCGAGCUGCACAACUCACGAUCCAGUGACAGCGACGACGUGCCGACAUGCUGAUAAUGGACAUGCGAGCCCGAACUUAAAUCGCACGUCAGCUGGGACACGCUCGAGGAAGACGUUCGCAACAGGCUGUCUGGAAGGCUGCCAAGAGCCGUGUCGGCACGGAUAUCGCAAGUCUACGAAGCCGGGGUGCGAAGUACGACAUGUCCCCGAGUGUCAAUGGCCUCCUCCUGCAGCCUGGGGGGACUGUCUCCACCACGCCCAAUCAUCCCACUGACGGAUGCCGCUUCUUGCUUCCGCUUAUCGGCUACUGCACACCUGUCCAGGUUUUGAAGCGCUCGGAGAAUGCAUCGAGCCACUCUACCCGAGUCUGCUCGCUGUACAUCGGUGAACACCAGCGCUAUGGCCUACAACUAUCCCAAUGUCUGCUUUGGAGGGGUACGGACUGCGGCUCGACGUCGAGAGUGCCCCGCAGGUCACCCUUGUCCUCGAGACUAGCGCACGUUCCUGGCUUUCCGUCACACGUGUCUCGCUAUGACGGCCAUGCAGCCCAAGCCCCUACAAAGCAAUCAUGCCACUCCAUCCCACCCCAAGCCUGCCCACGCACAGCGAGCUCCGAUCGUGAUCCUAUCCGUGCUUUGCUCUUGGGCUCCCCGAACCCUUGGCCUGGGUCCUGCGACAGUCCCGCCGGUGCCAGCCAACCGCUCGUACUGGUCCCUUUUCUGCGCUUGCAGCGGUUGAGGGUUGACCCAUUUUUCAAAUCUGAGAGACCCAUGCCAGGCUACUUCUGGAAGCUGCAGCGUGAAAUGUCUUGGGCGAAUCGCAGAAUAUGUAACCUUGCCCUCAGGAAUACGACUUUGAUCUUUUUUAUUUUUUGUACUUCGCGCGUUUGUCGCCGGACCCAGUGUUUCUGUCCGUCGUGACUGCUUUACCCUUGCGUCACGCGUCUUAGUGGUGCGCGACGGUCGAGAGAGCCUUGCACAGUGCUUGCAUUAGCACCGUCGGGGCUCGCGGCUUCUCAAGGAUUUGCUGCCCAAAACGCAUGAUUCUUGAGCUGCGAGAUGCUCACGCUGGAGAAUCGAGGAGUGGGAGAUCGCCGAUCUGCUC